AUGGCGGUCAGUUUCGAUGCCAAUCACGUUCGCCUCGCGAAAACGUUGCUUGCGUAUUUCGGUGGUGCCUUCGUUUUAUACUGCCUGUUGAGGCUGCUGACUGCUAUCUUCGCCAUCUUUAUACAACCUGGCAAAUCGCUUAGCAAAUUCGGGCCUAAGGGGUCAUGGGCUGUCGUCACAGGUGCCUCGGAUGGUAUCGGCAAAGAGUUCGUCUACCAACUGGCAGCAAAGGGCUUCAAUAUUCUCUUAAUCUCUCGCACUGCUUCCAAGCUUGAGGAGAUAAGCAAGGAUCUCGAAGCAAAGUAUAAAAUUCAAACAGAAUACCUGCCAAUUGACUUCGCCCAAAACCUCGACGAAGACUACAAGAAGAUUGCUACUCGCAUUGGUGUAAAGGAUGUCUCGAUUCUGGUCAACAAUGUCGGAAAGAGCUACGAUAUGCCCACCCAAUUCCUUAUCACGGAUGAGACCUUGAUCCAGGAUAUCAUCACAGUCAAUUGCACCGCCACUCUUCGUGUAACAAAGGCCGUUGUCCCCGGGAUGGUUGCCCGCAAGCGAGGCCUCAUCCUUACCAUGGGAUCCUUCGCUGGCCUGACUCCAACUCCACUGCUUGCAGCAUACUCUGGAAGCAAGGCAUUUCUGACCAGUUGGUCCGCCGCAUUGGCCUGUGAAUUGCAACCACACGGUAUCCACGUCGACCUUAUCCAGAGUUAUCUUGUUACCUCUGCCAUGUCCAAAGUCCGACGAACAAGUUUGACAAUCCCGAAUCCGAAGGCUUUCGUGAAGGCGACCCUCGGAAAGAUUGGCGUCUAUGUUGGCAACACCGCCGGAGUUGUUACCCCAUACUGGAGCCACGCCGUUAUGGCCUGGGCCUUGGAAAAUCUUGCUGGAUUGGGAAGCGCAACCGUUGUCAAGACUAACAAGACUAUGCACGAAGACAUUCGAAGGCGGUCCUUGAAGAAGCAAGAGAGGGAGGCUAAGAAGCAGUAA